UAUAUAAAAUGGGUCCUUGUUAAAGCAAAUCUAAAUAAUAAAUAAUUGAAGAAUAACCUUAGUCUUCUACAACCAGAAGAACAGAUUAAGUUUUCACUUUAAACAAUCCUUCUUUAGUUAUUUAAACAGUCACACCUCAAUUAGAAGUAAUUAAUGAACCUUGUUAUUAAAUCAAAGAGAAUUUGAGUAAAAUAAAAACAAAUUAUUGUUAAUACUCACGUGAUUAUAGUGAUAUAUAAUAAGGAAAUCAGAAAUGUAAGUUGUAUAAACCUAAUAAUUAAGUACUUAAUCAGUAGAAGCUUGUUCAACAUAAUUUGACAGGGAAAAUCCGAAUUAUUGAAACUUAUGAUCGAAAUUCUGUUAAUGAGUAAUUCAUAAUAGAUCUUGGUUCUUUAGUAUUUAUUUGUAUUUAUGUAGGAUCACCCUAAGAUUAUAACAGUACAUGAACUUUAUAUUACUGAAGAGUCCUAUUAAGUCGUAAUUGACUAUUGUAGUGGAGGUGUACUAUCUAAUUAUUGUUAAGACAAAUCACUUGUCUUAUUUUCAGAAUCAGAAAUAGCAACUAUUAUCUAUUAAUGUUGUGAAAUUCUCCAAUACUUUUAAAAAAUUGGAAGAACUCAUGGUCAUCUUACUAUGAGUAGUUUUUCAAGAGUAGAUUCAUCAAAUGAUUUCUAAAUCAAAUUCUCAGACAUUAGAGGAUUAUAUGUUAAACAUUAAAUUAACAAUAACAAUAUAUAUACUCUUGCUCCGGAAGUUUGUAACUUUACUGAUAAUCAAUAAUAUCCUUUAUCUACAGACAUAUGGAGUUUAGGAGUUUUAACUUAUUAGAUGGUUUGUGGAUAUCCACCAUUUGGAGGUAGUACUAUUGAAUCUAUCAAGUCAUAAAUUAAAAAAAUGGCUGCUCAAUAUAAUAAUUUUUAAUUUGAUCGAGUGUCUAAAUUAUGUGUUUAAUUGAUUAAGAAAAUUCUAGUCCCUUCCAAAUCAAGAAUAACUCUUACAAAUUUAAUUAAUGAUUAAUGGUUUAAAAUACGCAUUAAGUAAAAUGACUAAAAUAUCAUUAAGAAACUAUAAUUAAAUAAAGUUAAAAUUUCAUCACUUUAGUAGCUUUUCUUGAUAUUUAUGAUUAAAAACUUUUGUUCUGCUGAACAAUAACAGCUACAUGCAGAAUUUGUGUUAUUAGAUGAAAAUUAAGAUGGAUAAUUAACUAAAUAAGAACUCUUAAAAGUAUACUCUAAUAAAUUUGAUACUAAUUCUGAAGCUUUGCUUUAUAUAGAUAAAAUAUUUCAAGUUGCUGAUAUAGAUCGAAGUGGAACCAUUGAUUUUGGAGAAUUUCUUGUUGCUAUCACAGAUAAACCUGGUUUAAUCACUGAUGAAAAUCUCAAAACUGCUUUUAAGAUUUUGGCAUCUAGUAAUGGAAAAUUUACAAAAUAGGCUUUAAGAUACCAUUUUAAUUUAUCAUUAUAAAAAGUUGAUAAAUUAUUUGCAGAUCAUAAUUUAGAUAUAAAUGUAAUUAUAAUAUGUCAAUCUUUAGAAAGUUGGGUAUGUAGAAUUCGAACAUUUGAUGAAAUAGAUGCUAUGA